AUGGCUGUUACAAAUGCAAUGUUUCUUUUUGAAGUGGUCAUUGAGCAUGUAAAAAGCUUGGUUGAAAGCCGGUUUCUUGUAAUAAGAAGUGAAUUUGGUGAUAUAUUUUCAUUAGAGCUAAAAGAUCCUAAGCAAAUGUACAUAGUUAUACCAGAUCCGCCACCUUUACCACCCGAACCAGCUGGAAAAAAAGGGAAGAAGAAGCCACCGAAACCAAAAAAGGGAAAGAAAGGAAAAGUCGAGCUACCUCCACCGGAACCAGUAAUACAAUCAGGUCAAUCAGUUCUUUUCACCAGUAGUCCAGAAUUCCUCAUACAGAAUAUGAAAAAGUUUCCCCUCGAAAUGUCAUUAUGGAGUAAGGAAGAUAAUCUGACAUAUAUUGGUUCAAACAGCAUUCCGUGGGAUCAAAAGUUCUUAGGAUACUUGGAACAGAUUUGUAGUUGUCAAGAACCUCUACCAGUUACAUUAAACGAUGAAUACAACAUUUUCGAGGAAGGCACUGCUAAACUGAUGGCGAAAAUAGGUUUGCAGGUCAAGUUAACAUAUUUGACAGACAGAGUUACUACGGCUUUUAGAACACUCUCCGAAGAUCCUGUAGUAAAGAAAGUGCUUUACACUGGAAUCAACUCAAAAACGACGUCCUAUAUGUGUACUUUGAAAACGACUGAUGAAGUUUUCGAGGAGAAUUGUAACAAAGUCGAAAAUAAGUUUAUUAAAGAUAAACCUAAGGCAGGAAAAAUUGUUUACGCUGAUUAUAAAAAUGCUCCAGGAGCAAAUCUCACGUUCUUCAAUGAAGGAGACUAUUGUUGUAUGGGUAAUGCUGAUAAACCACCAAAAUCGAUAUACAAAUCACCUGAAACGUGCCCUGAUAUUGAUCAUAUUGUAGACUAUGUGCGGAAGAUAAUAGUCUCCUGUAACGAUAAUAUGAGAAUGUUAACACCACGUCCAACGAUAAGUCCAAGAGUCAAAGCUACGGACAUAGAUAGACUUUGUUACUGCAAAGAGACAAAGUGGCCAUCCGGUGAAUUUGCUGAAAGAUUCAAAAAAGAGGCGCAGGCUGACCCUUGUCCAAUCUGUAUUAACGCUGGAAAGAGGCCACACAAUAAUCGGCCUUGUGUUUUCGAUAUUGCUAAUAUUAGAGGUCCUUGUGGUCGACACGAUUGUAGAAUAGCUAGAACGAUGAAAGCGUAUAUCGAAAACCUUGUUGAAGAAGACAACCAAGAAUUCAGUAUCAAUGAUAUAAUUGGACCAUGUGGUAGCAAAGUUUGUACUUUAGCGGAAAAGAUACAGGAAUUUCUACGCCAUGAAGGUGUAUUCAGUCACAGUGAAACUUUAGAGGGUCUUUCUACUCAAUGUGCUUGUUUGAAAACUAUGCAAGAUGCUCUUACUAAAAAAAGUUCUUGUUCUUCUGUAUGCAGUAAAGACUGUAACGAGGCGGAAAGUGAUGAUAGUCAAUGUGGUGGCAACAGUUGCCCUUUUGGUCAAAAUAAGCAAGUAUAUAACAUAUAUUACUUUACUGUAGAACAUGAUUUCGAUAAGGACCCUAAAACUGAUUCAACUGCACCGUCAGCACAAACUUCCAAAUAUCAAUUUUGUUCCAAUGAGUGUCCUAGUGUUAAAGCUUCGGAAAAUACAUCAUGUUCUAAAACAGCUUGUCCGUCUCCGUUUACUAGUAAAACUGAAAGUGGUCAUCCAGAUGACUCAACUUGCGCUCAAAAAGUGUGUGCCUCCGAAAAUUAUAAUGAACCUAGUCCAACAGACAGUGAAGUUGUAAUACCUUUUGAUGCCAUUCAUAAUCCAUGCUGUGUGAAAUCUUGCGAUGUCACCGAAAGGGUAAAAGAUUUUAUAGCAGAAAAUAUAUUAAGCAGAAAAGACAAAGUUCAAACUGACGAUCCCUGCUACUGUGACUGCGUAUGUACGUUCAAAUUUUCAAGGAAAACUACCUACUGUGCCGUUUGUGGGGGUUAUGAAUGCUUAGGCGACGAUAUGAAAGAUCAACCCGUGUAUGCUAAACCUCAUCCAUGCCCCGUUUAUAAUAAAUUGUAUGACAAGAAAUAUAUAAAAACACCAAACCCUUGGCCCGAAGAAGAGCAGAAACAAGCUGAUACCGUGAGUAUGAAAAGCUCUAGAACAGUAGGAUCGAGGGCGGGGGCUAACGAAAAAAGGACAACAUCGGUGAAAAGUUUACCAAUUGAAAAGAAAGAUCAAACAGAAUGUAAUAAAAAGACGAAACCGAAACAAGAAAAAAAGAAAGUUGGAAAAUUCACGGCUAACGCUGUAGAAGAACCGUUGCCACCAGUAGAAAAAAAACCAGAAACAAAAUAUCCUUAUCCAGCUGUACCACGGAAUAUGGGAUGGAAUUGGGUUGCUGAAGAUAUCCCUGGAAUGAAGCCCAGGCCAAAGUGGAAACCAGGUGCAGCUAAUAAAAUUUUAGUGCGAAGGUAUAGAGCGGUACGGGAAGGGAUAGACAUUAUAGCAAAAAAGAAAAGGGCUUUGUUACAACGCAAAAAGAAAAUAGAAAUGAAGCCAACCUUGGUCGUACAGAAACAAGGUGGAGAGUACACAGUGCAGAUGGAGGUGUUCAAGAAAUUCUCCAAAGAAAGAUUAGUGUAUCAAUAUCCUUAUGAUGAAAAACCUCCACUGGUAUACACGAUAGGUAGGUCCGCAGAGGAAAAUCUUAAAAGAAAAAAAGCUAAGGAAAGAAAAGAACGUCGAGAGACAAGAAGAAAAAGCAGAUUAUUACAAUCUACAUUUCGAGAUAAGUGUCAAGAAAUCUGUCUAAAAGCAUAUAACCAAGCCAUUGGCCUCCUUCCAUUACCUAAUCCAAAUGAUCCCAAUUGUCCCUGUUAUACUGAGCCAAAUCCAGCUCUUAGUCCACCUAUAGAUUCCUGUUCUUGUUCUGAGGAAGGUUCAUUAUCGAGUAGUGACACAGAUGAUGAUGAGUGGACUAUAGAAUUUACCCCUCCCGCAGCUAGAUGGGAUGCAAAGGCGAAACAUCCGCCUGUUCAUGUUGAGACUGAGACUCAAUACACUUAUUUAGAUUACAAGGUUAAAUUACUCGAUAAAUCUGGUAAUCAAGUACCUCGAUUUUUCAAAGGUCCUGAUGGUAAACAGGAGUGUAGCGAUCUAGGUGGAUUUUGGGGACCUGGUCACGAGUGGUUGGAAAUAAAUAAGGAUGGUUAUAUUGGACCUGAUAACCGAUGGGUACCACAGAAUUUCAUAGGUCCCGAUGGUAUGUUUUAUUCGUCUGAAGACGGAUUUAUUACUGAUGCCUCUGGUCAAGUUUUAAAAAUAGGAGUCGAUGGGUAUAUCGAUAAAGAUGGCAAAUGGGCUUGGUAUUCGAGGACAAAAAAAAUAUCUAAAAGUGCGAAAUCGACAGUAUCGGGUUCGACGGCAGGUAAAAGAUCUCCAAGAUCUGGCAGAGAAACACCUGUAAACGCUCAGACUACACCUAAAGGCGUACUGUCUCCUAAAGGGAAAAAACCACAACAGAUCUCUGGCAAAAGGAGUCCACCAAAAACUACGUUCAAAGGAAAUAAUCAAGUGGUGAUGUCAUUGGCAACUAAUCACAAUCAAAAUAUGGUGCCAAGUUUACGAGCACGUGAAAAGAAGAACAUGAUUAAUUUGAAGAAUAUGGAGAGGUAUCUUGAAAUAAUGAAUGAGAUGCAAAUGUACGAUGACCAAUAUGAGCUGAAAUAUCCUUUGAAAACGAAUAGAGCUUCCAAUACGCCGAGUAAGAAAAUAUCUCCAUUCACAAUAGAUGGAAAUCAUGUUAAAAAUGCAAUAAUGGGCGCUACUGUGUCUUUCAUUAACACUGAUACUACUACGAGUAGUAUCUUAAGGAAAUAA